ACUGUGUCGAGGUCAUUCAAUGUGGACGACUGAAAGAACACGCUCCAAAAAUGAAUUUGUUGUGCAAUGGUUUGCUACUUAUUACUGUAAUUGGCGCGUGAGUCGGUAAACAAUUUGUAAAAAUGAACAAUGCAAUAGGUAGUCGUUUUAUCAAUGGUAGUUGUGUCUGCCGGAGAGUCUUGAAAAUAGGCAGCGUUAGAUUUCUGGUCCCUCAACAACAUGAUUCAGCUCAUUCACAAAGAAAUGUCAUGACAGCUCUUUCAAGGUUUACACCAGUGAAAGAGUUGUCUUCUUCCAAAAUUCGGUGUUCUCAUUGGACCGAAUUUCAGAGGAAAUUAUCAGGCAGGGCUGGAGGUACAAUGAAUGUAUUUGACAGGACUAUGAAGAGGAGACAGAAGAAUUGGGCUGCAUCACUACAAGACAGUGACAAAUAUGACUAUCUUAGAGAUGAGGUAUACUGUAGCUGUAUUUGUAUGAGAGAUUUUGUCUUGUCCUAGCUCUCUUUUAUCCAAGAAAAUGUAUGUGUUCUGGUACUGUUCAUAUUCAUUUGUAGGUUGGAAGCAGAGUUGCAGACAGGGUCUAUGACAUUACAAGGUAAGGCAACAGAAGUUGUGAUGCAUAGACAUAGUAUAUGUUCAUGGCACUGUUGUUGAAAUGAAAGUUUAAAUUUGUGCAUGUGAGGGUGUGUAUUGUGCUGACAUUUUGGACUUAUUUUCACAGGACAUUUCCUUUAGCAUUGGAAAUUGGCUGUGGGAAAAGUCACAUUGCUGAGCAUUUGCACAAGGUAGCUGUCAAUGGUUGUUCUUAAACAGGCAGGCAGCAUUUGAAACAAAAAACCUAUCCCCGCCCCAGUUUUGGGAAAAAGUUGAGGGAUGAGGCUGGAGAAAUGUAACCACUCAAAUUCAUAGACAGAGUUAUGGAUGCAAUAUAUCCAUGAUAUCAUAAUUAUAGUUUUAACCAUGUUUUGAGGCUAUAUCGUGUGUGUUUACAUUUACUUUGUUGACAAACAUUGGAGUAAUUGGAUUCUGAUGGUGUACAACAGUUUAACUAAGCUUAUGAGGCAUUUAUUAGUUAUAUUCGUCAAGAAUCAAUGGGUACAUAUCAUUAAUUUAUAAGUCAAAAAAUGGAUGUAGCAACUGCAGAUUGCCCCUUUAAGGUAGGGAAAACAUUAACUCACAAUAUGUAUGCUUUCUGAAUAUUGAAUUGUGCAUUUAUUUUCAGGAAGUAGUUAAGCAGCUCUUCUUAACUGACAUCUCAGAAAAGUCUUUGGUGAGUUAAAUCUUCUCCUUAGAUCCUAUUAAAUUACUAAUAGGAAUUAUAAUAUGUCAUUCUGUUAGAACACCCAUAGCCUAAGUGGAAUGAUUGUGUUUAUGAGCAGAGGCCACUAAUUAUAGAUCAAUAGAUUGAUGGAGUGGUCUGUAAAAUCAGAGGCAUGUUAUGGAGGGACUUCUGUUUUUUUUCUGGACGAUCUAACGCUUGUCUCGCUUCUCAGAGAAACACAAGAGAAAGUGAGAUCCCUACCAACUGUGUCAUGGCCGAUGAAGAGUUUCUGCCCUUUAAAGAAAACACAUUUGAUCUGGUGGUCAGCAGCUUGAGGUGAUUUGGCCUUGUAGAUGUUUCUGACAUAACAUUGGAUUUGAGCCCUCCAAGUCAUAUUCCCUGGGGUUUUAUAUGGCUUACUUGCAACUCGCAAUUAUCUAGUACUGUAUGUUUCUCCCAUUUAGCCUACACUGGAUCAAUGAUCUCCCUGGAGCCUUGAGACAGGUAACUGACAGCCUCAUAUGAUUUUUUUACAUCAGUACUUUAUUGCCUUUUGCCGUCUGUUUUUUCCAAAUACGUUACAUGCUUAUAACAUCAUAAUUACACAGGAUGCAGGACUACAACAAUCCUGGUUCCUCAGUGUGUAUCGCUGUGCUGUCAUUCUAAUCCCUUCCCAAAGAUCAACCAGGUUCUGAAGCCAGAUGGGGUGUUCAUCGGGGCCAUGGUGGGCGGGGAGACCCUGUACGAGCUGCGCUGCUCCCUGCAGCUGGCUGAGCUCGAGCGGGAAGGGGGGUUCUCCCCCCACGUGUCCCCCUACACGGCCGUCACAGACCUGGGCAACCUGCUGGGCCAGGCAGGCUUCAGUAUGCUGACAGUGGUGAGGCCUUGGGUGUCCUAGCCAUAGAGAUACAAUAUAGGCUAAUAUGAGUGUUCUAUUUAAUUCUGUGGUCCUAGCUGUGAUUCUAGCGAUUAGCUAGAAAUUAUAAUGAUGCCGCAAUAUUUGUGUUUGAGGCAAGCGAUUAUAUUACAUUUUUUCUGUAGGACAUUGAUGAAAUUCAAGUGCACUAUCCUGGGAUACUUGAGGUCAUGAGUGACCUGCAAGGUACAGUAAGCCUACUGUAUACAACAGUUCUACUAUUGUAGAUCUGUGCUUUUUGUUCAUACUCUUGAGUUUUUAUAGUUUAAUUGUUUCUAUUCAACUUCUCAUAGGUAAUUGUCUCAUAGGACAGGCAGUUAAAUAAUAUUUAAUGCCUGAAUACUGAGUUAUCCCCUUUGUCUUGACCCUCCAGGUAUGGGGGAGAGCAACUGCGCUUGGAACAGGAAGUCCAUGUUGCACAGAGAUACCAUUUUAGCUGCAGCUGCAAUCUACCAAGGUGAGCUACAUAGUGGAAAAAGACAUACUUGAAAUGAAACCAUCUAAUAUCCUUAUACUAUUAUUAUUAUCCUUAUAUUUAAAUAUAUAUAUAUAUAUUCUUAAAUGUCUUCAAAUCUUAAAACAUUAUUUUCCCUUAUUUUGCUAAACUCUUAUCUCCACUUUUCCAACCCUCUCCUACACCAACAACAUCCCAUCUGUCUCAUUUUAGUGUUUAAUUUGAGCUAAACAUGUGAAAGUUCAGUAAAGGAAAAUACCACUCAAAAACGAUCUAUUGAUAUGUUUCAUUAGUCCACUGUUGAUAUAGUCCCAAAAUCUUUUGCAUGUCAGAAAUCAAGUUUUCAAGAUAGAGCUUUCAAAAUACAGAAAGUGCAACAGCAAAACGCAUCAUAGUGUGAAACUUUCUGUAUUUUGAAAGUUCUAUAUUGAGUGUUAUUUUCCUUUGUCACCGUACAGUAUCAUCUGGUUUGAGGUCAGAAGUGUAGACUCAGACUGAAUGUCUCAACCCUUAUUUAAAGUAAGCAAAAGUAACUCUAAUAUCAAGCUGUUGCUUUAGAGAAGUGAUCACCAACUCUGGUCAUGGAGAGCUACUGGGUGUGCAGGAUUUUGUUCCAGCCCAGCACAAACACUGAUUAAACAAAUGUUGAUGAGCAGUUGAAUCGGGUGUUAGUGCAGGAAUGGAACAAAAGCAUGCACAACCAGCAGCUCUCCAGUUCCAGUUAACCAGCCUGACCACUGCUUUAGAUGCUGAUACUCUAUUUGAUUGAUUUCCCUCAGAGAUGUAUGGGAGUGAGGAUGGGUCUGUUCCUGCAACAUUUGAGAUCCUCUACAUGAUUGGUUGGAAGCCUCAUGACUCACAGGUGUGUGAUUUUCACUCGUAUGUUUGCAAAUUACAUUUGCAGAAAUAUAAUGUAAAUGUCAAUGGUGAAGAUGCAAUAUUUAAUGCGGUUUUGUUCUUGGCAGGCGAAACCAGCUAAAAGAGGCUCUGCAAACGUGUCUUUUGGGGACCUCUCGAAGAUCGGCCAGCCAUCAACUAAAGACAAGUCUUAGAAGAAACAUCUGCAGCCAUUGCAUAAAGAAAAUUAAACAGCAAUGCAAUGAAAGUAUGGGGUAAGUUCCCCAAUGAAAGUAUUGGAGAACUAUUAACGUAGAUAGGUGACUGGUUCCCAAGAGAUGUCCACUCAAUGACUGAAAUCAGUCAGAUGUCACCGUUUAUUUAUAGUGUAUCACUUUUUUCUACUGAUACUAUCAACACAGGUUCAGUGGAAACCAGACAGUGAUUGAGAAAGGCUACAACACCGUGUUGAAACAGUGACUGAUAUACAUGCUUUAUGACAGAUAAUUAUAGUUUCUCACCAAUGAAUGGCAAAUGCAUACAUUUCUACAUUACAUGUAUCAUUUAGUGUCUUGUGUUCCUGUCGUACCAUGCUUCAUGUUCUUAAAAUAAAUGCAGUGAUAUAUAGUCUCCA